GGAGCAGAGCGCACGCGCAGGCAGAGAGCUCGUGCCGACGAGCAGCGACGAGGAGCUGGGGCCGUAAAUUAACGCGUACGUAGGCUAAUACCACCACACCACGACCCCGCACGCCUCCGUACGGCUACUCCCGCGUACGGUAAUGCGUCCUGUCCACGGUGUAAUGUGCCCGGUAAGGAGGAGUGUGUGAGGGGAGAGCAGAAUGGGAGGGCGGCCGCUCCGUGCUCUCCCUUCCCAUCCGUCACUCCGUCUCCGGGACGCCGCCACAGAGCGCCUGCCGGUCCUCCUCUCCGCCGCCCAGCUACACUCACCUCCGGGUAAUUGUCCGACUCGUCAUUACAUAACUCGGCGUUAACUGUGUCGCUCGCUUUGUCGACUUAAUCCCCCCCAAAAAACAAACAAAAAAGACCAGGAGAGGGAGAGCCACAUCUUGUUUGGACUGGGCUGCCUUUGCUGUCGUGGACUCAAGGACCAUAAGGGUGGAAACCUGAGAUCAGCGGUGAUGAGAGAGGAUUUCACUGGUGUUCUUCCAGAAGCAUCUGGAAAGGAUAACACGGGGAUACACCCCCCCCCCUCCAGAGGACCAGAGGAUCAUUCACACCUCAGACAUUUUAGUGUUUUUAGCUUUGAGUGAUGUCUUCUAGCUUGUGUUUUUAAGUGAAAUUGGUUUAAAAUCACUGGCACUUAUACUCUCUGCCUGCUGUGAGUGGCACAAUUUGGGCUCAUAACAAGAUUUCCUCUUUGCACCAGUGGUUUUGGACAUGUUGGAUAACUGGUGCAUUCAGUAAGUGAUUAAAGGACCAGUACCACCAGUACAGAUCAGUUAUCCUGCACGGUUUCCUCGUAGCUAUGCAGUGAGGAUGUGUGCAGCCAGGUUCAGUGGCUUCCUCAAUGGCUGUGCCGAGGAGGCUGCCGGUGGUGGUGGUGCCAUAGCGGGGGCUGCCGGUCCGGUCACGGCCUCCAGGAUGCUGGACUGGACAGAGGCCGGUCCUCGCAUCCUCCGCAGCCUGGAGAUGGGGACGGUGAUGACGGUCUUCUACCAGAAGAAGUCCCAGCGGCCCGAGAGGAGAACUUUCCAGAUAAAGCAGGACACUCGGCAGAUAGUGUGGAGCCGAAGCCCUGACAAACUAGAAGGAGAGAUCGACAUAGGAGAGAUCCGGGAGCUGCGGUUGGGGAAGGGCUCCCGUGAUUUUGAGCGCUAUCCGGAGGAAGCCCGGAAGCUGGACGCCGCCCACUGCUUCAUCGUGCUGUACGGCCUGGAGUUUCGCCUCAGGACGCUCAGUGUGGCUGCCUUCAGCGAGGAGGAGGUCAACAUGUGGAUCACUGGUCUCAACUGGCUGAUGGUCGACACUCAGAGAGCGCCCGCACCACAACAGAUAGACAGGUGGCUGAGGAAACAGUUUGAAGUCAUGGACCGGAGCCACGAGGGCAGCAUCACAGUGAAGGAUGUGAAAGCUCUGCUGCCUCAGGUCAACUACAGAGUCCCCAACAUGCGCUUUCUCAAAGACAAGCUGCAGGAGGUGGAGGCCAGGAGCGAGCUGUCGUACCCCAACUUCUCGCAGCUCUACAGAACGCUGAUGUUUGACGCACAGAAGAGCAUUAUUGAGCAGCUGGAGCUCUCCUUCCCUCUGAGGAAUGUGGACAGACCAGAGCUUUGUCAGAUCUCCCUCUACGACUUCCAGAAGUUUUUACAGAUGGACCAGAAGGAGUCGUGGGCGUCGGAUCUGAGUCGUGUCAGAGAGUUCCUCACCGGGUACAUGAGGGGGGGGCCGCAGCCUGAGCCCAUGCUGCAACUGGAUGAGUUCCUUACGUUCCUGUUCUCUAAAGAGAACUCUGUGUCUGACCCUCGGCUCUCAGCUGUUGUUGCUGAGGACAUGAAAAGGCCUCUGUCUCAGUACUGGAUCUCCUCUUCACACAACACCUACCUGACAGGUGACCAGUUUUCCAGUGAAUCAUCUCUAGAAGCCUACGCCCGCUGCCUCCGGAUGGGCUGUCGCUGCAUUGAACUGGACUGCUGGGACGGACCUGACGACCUGCCCAUCAUCUACCACGGCCACACAUUAACCUCCAAGAUCAAAUUCCUGGAUGUGCUGCACACCAUCAAAGAGCACGCCUUCGUCACAUCGGAGUAUCCUGUGAUCUUGUCCAUCGAGGACCACUGCAGCGUGGUCCAGCAGAGGAACAUGGCCACGCACUUUAAGAAGGUGUUUGGAGAUCUGCUGCUCACCAAGCCUGUCGAUAACAGCGCCGAGGAGCUUCCCUCGCCCUACCAGCUCCGCAGGAAGAUCCUCAUCAAGCACAAGAAACUGGUGGAAGGCACACUUUAUGAAGAGGUGACUUCAGCCAGCUACUCUGAAAACGACAUCAGCAACUCUCUGAAGAACGGCAUCCUUUACCUGGAAGACCCCAUCGACCACACGUGGACUCCACACUAUUUUGUCCUGACCAGUAAUAAGAUUUACUACUCGGAGGAGACCUCUCACUACCAGACAGCUGAAGAAGAGGAGGACGAGGAAGGAAAAGAGGAGUGUAACAACAACGAGCAGCACUGUGCGGAGCGCUGGUUCCACGGGAAGCUGGGCGGAGGCCGCGACGGUCGACAGGUGGCCGAGAAGCUCCUGCAGGAGUACUGCGAGGGCGGGGCCAAAGACGGCACCUUCCUGGUCCGGGAGAGUGAGACGUUUGUCGGGGACUACACCCUCUCGUUCUGGCGCUCCGGUCGAGUCCAGCACUGCAGGAUCCAUUCACGCCAGGAGUCCGGCUCCACGCGCUUCUACCUGACCGACAACCUGGUGUUCGACAGCCUCUACCGCCUCAUCUGCCACUACCGAGACACGCCGCUGCGCUGCAACGAGUUUGAGAUGAGGCUGGGCAGCCCCGUGCCUCAGCCCAACGCACACGAGAGCCGAGACUUUGUGUUCUCCAGGUGGUACCACUCCAGUCUGUCCCGUGUUCAGGCUGAACACAUGCUGAUGCGCGUCCCCCGAGACGGAGCUUUCUUGGUGCGAAAACGCAGCGAACACAACUCCUACGCCAUCUCCUUCAGGGCGGAGGGGAAGAUCAAACACUGUCGUAUCCAGCAGGAGGGCCGUCUCUUCAUGUUGGGCAGCUCGGCCGAGUUUGAGAGUCUCGUCGAUCUCGUCAGCUACUACGAGAAGCAACCUCUGUACCGCAAGAUGAGGCUCCGCUACCCAAUCAACGAGGACACUCUGGACCGCAUGGGCACCACGGAGCUUGACUACGGGGCGCUGUAUGAGGUCCGCACGCCUCACUUCUACGUGGAGGCCAAUAAGAUGCCCUCCGCUCGGUGUACUGUCAAAGCUCUGUACGACUAUCGAGCUCAGAGGGAAGACGAGCUCUGUUUCCCCAAACAGGCGCUCAUCCUCAACGUAGAUAAGCAGGAGGGCGGCUGGUGGCGAGGUGACUACGGAGGGAAGAAACAGCUGUGGUUUCCUGCAAACUAUGUGGACGAGGUUCACAGUUCUCCCACCACAGAGCUGGACGAAGCGUCUACAGAGAACAGUCCUCUUGGAACAUUCCUUAAGGGCUUCAUUGAUGUACCCACCUGCCAUGUCGUGGUGCAUAAGGACGGGAAGAAUUCUCGUCCCUAUGUGUUCACCAUCCACUCCCAGCAGCUGUCGUCUCACCCGGUUCAGACUCUGGACGUUGCAGCCGACAGUCUGGAGGACGUAACCAGCUGGGUUGCCAAGAUCAGAGAGGCCGCACAGAACGCCGACGCACGGAUGCAGGAGGAGAAGCAAAUGGAGAGGAGGAAGAAGAUCGCGGUGGAGCUGUCCGAGCUCGUGGUCUACUGCAGACCUGUCCCCUUCAACGAGGACAAGAUCGGGACAGAGAGGGCAUGUUACCGGGACAUGUCCUCCUUCCCAGAGACAAAGGCCGAGAAGUUUGCAACCCGCAGCCGAGGGAAACGCUUCCUGCAGUACAACCGCCGUCAGCUUUCCAGAGUUUAUCCCCGGGGACAGAGGCUGGACUCGUCCAACUACGACCCGCUGCCCAUGUGGCUCUGUGGCUCCCAGCUGGUCGCACUCAAUUUCCAGACCCCAGAUAAACCCAUGCAGCUGAACCAGGCCUUGUUCAUGCUUGGAGGCGCCAGCGGCUUCGUUCCCCAGCCUGAUGUCAUGAGGGACGAUGCCUUUGACCCUUUCGACAAGGACACCUUACACGUGGAGCCAAUCACCAUCCAGUUACAGGUUCUGGGGGCCCGUCAUCUGCCUAAAAAUGGCCGCAGCAUCGUCUGUCCCUUUGUGGAGGUGGAGAUCUACGGCGCGGAUUACGACAGCUGCAAGUGCAAGACCGAUGUCGUAGCUGAUAACGGUCUGAAUCCUGUGUGGGUGCAGAAGCAGUUUGUGUUUGACAUCCACAACCCCACCUUCACCUUUCUGCGCUUCACUGUCUACGAGGAGGACAUGUUCAGUGAUCCAAACUUCCUGGCACAGGCCACCUACCCCGUCCGCCUGCUACGAACAGGCUACAGGAGCAUCCCUCUGAAGAACAGCUACAGUGAAGAAAUGGAACUGGCAUCACUUCUGGUCCAUCUAGAGAUCGUCAAUGCAAAGGAGGAAGACGAUGAGAACCUGUACAUGUCCAUCCAGCGGCUGCGGGAUCGAACCAGCGAGCUGUCCAACCACGUUUCCCUCCUGGAGAGGUCGGGCUCGGGGGAUCUCAGCUACCAGCAGAGUCUGGAGGAGCUGCGAGCGGCUCAGGACCAGCUCAGCGAGCUGGUGGAGGCUCGAAACCGCAGGCUGAUGGAGAAGAAGAGGAGGGAGAAGCUAAGGCAGCAGGUGGCAGCAAAGCGCAGCUAACCCUCUGACACAAACCGUGCCCGACACACACUGCCACCGGAGCUGUGCAGCGACAGCCUGGGAAGACCACGGGCUCUCCACAGCAGCGACAUGCAAUCCGUUUAUAACUGGAAAUAAAAAAAUGUUCUUUCACAAAAUAAUGAGAGACUUUAUAGCACCACGCUGGACUAACAGCAGAACAAAAAAAGACUAAGACCUCACUAUGCUAUAAAAACAAUCAUGGACUGGUGGCUGAAACACAUUAAGAGCUAACUGGAGACGGGUUUCUUCUGAUGUUUUCAUGAAAACAGUACAGACAGAAGAAAUGAAUUUCAUGACUAGGGCUAAAAUAAUGAGUUAUUUAAUCCAUUAGUCGAGUCGGUCAUUUUUCAAGCAAAAUUACAAACAUUUGCUGCCUAGGCCUAGACAUUUUUCACUACUUUCCAACAUUAAUAAGUAAUGAAGAUGAUAGUUUGUUGCCGUUCUAAUCAUGAUGUCUUAAACACUUAAUGUAGUCAAUUGAUUGUAGUCAAUUAGCCAUUUAUCAUACGUGCAGCUGGCCAACUGCCACUACAACAAAAAAAGUCAAAAAUAAAGAUUUUAAAUCACUCGUCAAUUUUUACAACAAAAUAUUAAUACUGCAAAAUGAUUAAAAGAAAAAGAUUGAUCCUUUGAUGAUUAGGCCUGGCUGCUUCUUGACAACAUUAGAAACUGGAAGUUUUUAGUGUAGCUGUAGAUAUAACGCGCCACAGAACUAAAAUCAACAGAUGCUUUUGGAAAUUAAGUUUGAAGCUUAUCAAGUUCGCCCUUACUGUGUUUUGGUCUUUAGUUAAUAAAAAAAAAGGAUAUAAAAGGGAGAAGAAAACUCAGGUUACAUGAACGGAUGGAAUUAAAAAAAAUGUAUGAAGAUGAAAAAAGGGAGCAGUGGGCACGUGUAGCAAAAAAGUUAAUGUGUAUGUGCCUUUGAUGUAUUGCGCUUUGUAGAGUAUAAUUACUCUAGUGUUUAACAAAGAAAACUUUCUCUACAACUGGAAUAGUAAAACUACUAACAAACUGGAGGAGAAAGCCAUUCGUUUGGCUCGGACCACUACCCAUGAAAUGGGUUUACAGGGAUUUUAAGACUGGAGUCGGUUCCUUCUUAUCAAGGCCAAGUGUUUUCUGGGGGGUGAUCACAUGAACUCUGACCCCAGGUGGCGAGACGUUCCAGUUCUACCCGGGAGACCACAAACUGGACAACAAAAAAAUCCUCACCAAACCACACAGAGAAGAUCUUUUUAAAACGUCUUCAAAAAGGGCUCUAAAUAUAUCUGUACUACCUACUGAGAGGCACGAGAACAGCGAGCGGGCGGGACAGGAAGACCACAAUCGUCACAGCGCCCCUGGACGUCACCUGCACAGGGGGCUCAGUUGUGUUGGUCACAGUCGGACACACACACGACAAACAAGGGCUAUCACAGAAAACUAGCAAAUCUUUUACUUCUUCUAAAACAUGACCAGGAUCAGUUCCCAUCAUCUGGCUCUAAUAAACAGAUGUGGCUCAACUGGUCCUGGAUUUGCCAAAAAAAAACAAAAAAAAAACAGCUUCAAUCCGACCCACUGCAUGGCUUCAUAUCUAGUAACGCCCCCUCCCUACCUCCCCCUAUUUUGCUACUUCACAUUUCCAUCAUCUCCCUAUCUAAUUUCUCAUUGUAUAUAACUUAUUUAUCAUCUGUAGAUCCUGUCUUAAUAGAUAAAAGACCAUACUAGGAGAAUGAUAAUGGACUUCAGCUAGAAGAUACUGUAACUUCAUGUAGAAAUUAUUAAUAUUGUGUCCCUUUAAAUGUCCCCAUAGACACAAACCUCUCCCUUUAGCCCUACGCUGCAGUUGCACUGGGUGGGGAGGACUUCUAUGCAAAAGGUCUUCUUCUUGGUCUUUAGCUAUUGUGUAUGAGGCGAUUUGACUCAAGUUAUGUUUUCCUCUCUGUAUCUAUGCCAACUGUCCAGUAUUAUUACUCUGCAUUACAAAUCGUGCAAGUUUCCAUUUAAUAAAAUUCUUUUGUGUA